AUGGACGGCAAUUACAACAAUUAUAACUCAUUUGGCGGCGGCGGCGGAGGAUUCAUGCCGGGCGAGGCGAGCAGUCCCGCCGGAGGCAAGACCAAUGAUCGGGACAACAAGACCCUUCGUCCCGUGACAGUGAAGCAAGUGCUCGACGCCUCGCAGCCUUUCCCCGAAGCCCCAUUUCAAAUCGACGGUGCCGACGUCGCCAAUGUCCUCUUUAUGGGCCAAGUACGCAACAUCAGCUCUCAAAGCACCAAUGUGACAUACAAGAUUGAUGACGGCACUGGCGAGAUCGAAGUCAAGAAAUGGGUUGACUCGACCACUGCUGACAACAUGGACACCGACGAUGGCAAGGCGCCCGGCGAUGGGAAAACUGAGCUCGUGCUCAACGGUUACGCCCGGGUCUUUGGUUCCAUCAAGUCCUUUGGUAACAAGCGGUACAUUGGUGCUCAUUCUGUCCGUCCUUUGUCGAAUAUAAAUGAGCUGCAUACUCAUCUGCUCGAGGCCACUGCUGUGCAUUUGUUCUUCACUCGCGGUCCACCUGGUGCCGCUCCUGCUGGCGGAAAUGCUGCUUCGGGUGGUGCUGAUGCUGUUAUGGGUGGUGCGGAUGACUACAGUGCUGGGCAGAGCAAGGCUCUUGCCUCAAUGUCGCUUGUUGCGAAGAAGAUUUAUAGCCUACUCAAGACUGAGCCUCAGGAUGAUACCGGCCUACACAUGCAGGUCAUCGCUUCUAAAUUGAACAUCCCUGCGACUGAAGUGGCCAGGGCUGGUGAGGAACUUCUCAGUGCUGGUGUGAUCUUCUCCACCAUGGAUGAGCAGACAUGGGCUAUCCUGGAGUACUAG